UAGUGUAGGCACAGUGGAAACAGCAUAUUCGAAUACGGCAUCAGAGUUGCUGGUGCGGUGCACUCUAGUGAUCGUGCACGCGGUGUUGUUGGUAUAUUUCACUCAUGAACGUAUUCGUUUUGUGAAACUAGCGCCACUUACUAACUGCGAGUAACUAAACGAUCAAAUUUUUGUCUGGUGGAAACAUCACAUAAGUACUAAAUGACGCGCGUUAAAUUUGUGAACGGAGUACAAUGGUUGUUGCCCGAGUGCGUGACAUCGCAGCUGCAUAGUCUACACUCCCGCGGGGAAACGAGCGGGACACAAGUUUGAAACAACGUGUGUGGUCUGUUUGUUGUCACUCUCAUGUGGUUGUCGCUUUCCUACCGGGCCCUACUCAGCCGCUUCUGGUGUGUUCACCCACGCCCGUACUAGUAAAAGCAGAGUAAAUAAACUGUAAUGUACCUAGAGGUAAGCCAAGGACAAUGGAAACCGGGCGGACAGUUUUGCCUCGGCAGAAGUUCGUGACGGACCCACCCUGCCCACUCUACCAUCUUGUAGUCGCAUUCCGCGCUUCCACAAUGUCACCGUGCGUUAACCCAAUGUUCACAAGCCACCGUCUAUUUCGAGUGCUCCAUCGGCCGUGUGCCGUGACUCGGUGACAAUUUCCAGCAGUGGACGAAUUUCAUCGACCCGCACCCCUCGACGGUACUUCCUCGACUCGUGUGCGAGACGUCCGUGUGCCGUCGCUGGCGUGGCAAUGCGGCUCAGCGGGCCUCGCAAUCUCCACCUGUCGCUGCUUUUGAUGUUCGUUCCCGCACCUAGCGUCUGCGGCGAGUUUCGAUCGCUCGGGAGUUCGCCGGCGGCCUCGAACGAUGCGCGUUUGAAACGGCACGGCAGUGUCGCCGGAGACACCGCUCCUCCAACCCAUGCUAGCCCGACGAACGCUAGUGGCGAUGCUUCUUUGCCUUUUAAUCACGAGCACGGGGCACGUACCGCCUCCUCGGCCGCCGGUGAUGAAUUCCGGCAGCUGGUCACCGACAAAGGUCGUGGCGCCAAGGCCCACGGCGCAAGCCGGCACCACGCGACGCCGCUCGACCACCACGCGUGGCCCAGCGCCGAGCAGUGUGCCAGGCCAGCCAAGUGCGAGCCGCUGAUCAACGCCACCUGCUUCGGGGCUCCCCUGCCCUACAGCCACACCACCGUCGAGUUGGCCAACGACUCGUCAUCGCAGUUCGAGAUACAGGAGCGGCUGGACCUGUGGUAUGGUCUGCGUCAAAUUCCUCGGUGCUGGGCUGUGGUGCAGCCCCUGCUGUGUGCCGUGUACCGCCCCCGCUGUGUGGAUGGCUUGGUCACGCUACCGAGCCACGAGACUUGCCGCCUGGUGCGCGCAUUUUGUCGAAUCACCGCUCUUGACUCUGACCGGUGGCCCUUCUUUCUCCGAUGCCAGCAGGGAGGCACUUUUGCGUCUGGAUGCAAGGACACCAUGCGUGAGAUCAAGUUCAACACGACCAGCCGGUGCCUGGAGCCCCUGGUGGGGACACCGCGCGAAACCAGCUGGUACCCCGAGGUGGAGGGCUGUGGCAUUGGCUGCCGACACCCGCUACUCACCGAGGAUGAGCGCACCAGCAUGCGCACCUUUGUGGGCGUCAUUGUUGCACUCGCCACGGUUGCCUGCCUGUUUGCAGUGCUGACGUUCCUAAUUGGGUGGAGUGAGUCCCGCCAGUACCCAAACGUGAUGGUGUUCUACAUGAACCUGUGCCUGCUGCUGAUGUGCGUUGGCUGGCUGGCACAGUUCCUGCCGGGGGCCCGGGAGGACAUUACUUGCCGCCGAGAUGGGACACUGCGCAGCGGAGAGCCUAGCUCAGGGGAGAACCUGUCGUGUGUGGCCAUCUUCUUCCUCUGUUACUACUUCCUCCUGGCAUCCCUCUGCUGGCUGGUCCUCCUCGCCUAUGCCUGGGAGCACCGGCUGCAGCAGGGUUCUUCUCCCUCCUCCUCACCCCUACAGGCCAAGGCGGCCUACUUCCACCUGGUUGCCUGGAGCGUCCCCUUUGUCCUCUUCAUCAUCGUCAUGGCCCUGGGGCUGGUGGAUGGGGACCCCGUGUCAGGAAUCUGUUUUGUCUCAGCAGCAAAUCCACACGCACGAUCGGCGCUUGUGCUCUUCCCUGUCACAACAGCCUUUUUCGCUGCCAGCUACUUUCUCAUCCGAGAGCUGUACAAGCUUGUUCGUCUGAAAGGUGGCACAGGUGACAUGAUCAACGAUCGGGUGCGAGCCAAGAUCCAGAGCAUGAUCCUGCGCAUUGGCCUGUUCCUGGUGACAGCAGUGCUGCUGGUGUCAUGCACAUAUGUCUGCCACAUCUACGAAUUCCGCAAUCAGCCCAUUUGGGAGAGAAGCCUGCGCAGAUAUGUUGCCUGUCGAGCCAAUGUGGAGACGGCACAGAGCCCUGUGCCAGAGCUUCCUGUGCGUGCGUGCGAGCCAGAUGCCCGUCCCAGCCUGGCCAUGCUGCAACUCCACCUGGUGGCCUUCCUGGGUGCCUGCCUAGCCCUAGCGUCUUGGGUGCUCACCUCAGCCACAGCCACCGCCUGGAGCCACUUCUGGCGCAGAACCAUCCUGCGGCAGCCCUCACAGGAUGCUCCACGAGUGCAACGACACAAGCUGGUAGCAGAGGCAUUCUCUCGCCGGCAUGAGCUGAAUCGGGGCCAGGGCUCAAUCAGCUUUCACAGUGUACACGACGACCCAGUUGGAAUGAACCUGGACAUGAACAGCGUGACAUCGCAAGACCUGUCAUCUACUUGGGCUGCAGCACUUCCAGGAUUUCUGCACCGUCGAGGUGCUGUUGCAGGGCCAACUGCAAUUCCACCAGUUCGCCGUUACUCAUCCACUUCUGAUGUGAGCCGGCAGCUGUCGUUGAGUGUGCGGCGGCAGUCUCUUGACUCGCAGAUGAGCUACCAGGUGGCAGCAGAGCAGCAAUGGCUUGCAGCACAACGAGCUAUUGCACGCCAUCAACGCCGGAAGACACGACGUGAGCGUGAACGACUCUUGCACAUGGCAGCUCUGCACCGACCCUCGCCUUUUCCACACUCGGCACCCAUCAGGCGUGGCAGCGACUCGUCAAUGCAAAGCCUGGUGGCCGCAGCAACAUCGUCGCUUCAACGCGGCCUGCACGGUGCAUCGACUAUUUCCAAACCAGCGUCAGUGGCUCGGGCCACAAGCACCGGAGACCUAAACCCUGGCAGUGUGCUCUCACAAAACCAUUUGUCUCUGCUGAGGCCAUCUGUCGUCACACAGAGGCGCAAUGAGCUACUAAUCAACCCACCAUUCACCCAUGGCAUGUCUGAAUCGGGGUCUACACGCAUGUCUAUGCGGAAUAGUAUCACUGCACCAUCUAACACUGCGGAAAGCAUCAACUCUUCAACUGUGGCAGCAAAUGGGACUUCUGCCACAGCUCAGACAAGCCAACCCAACCCAGCAGCUCCUCAGAUGCCUGGCAUUCUUCCGGGCUACCCUGCUCUGGCUGCAGCCAAUCCUUACGCCGCCUACUUGAGCUAUCUGAAUGGCCUCCGCUUGCCGGGACACCCUCCACCCGAAGCCACCCUGCCACCUUUUGGCUAUCCCGCGCCAUUUGGCUACCCAGGCUUUCCUUUCUACCCUCCCAGUCUCUACCCCUAUGGUCAGGGCUUUGCAUCGUACCCUGAACUGGAUCCUGCACAUGUGCCGCUCAUUCCACUGCAUCCAAUGCCAGACAGUUCCAGCGAGACUGGCUUCAUACCAAUCAUAACAUCAGAUUCAGACUUCACGGAUGCUGGCAUACGCAGUCCUCGCAUGCUGUCAGCUCAGCGCGCAGUGGAAGAGCGUGAGAGGGUGCUUGCAGCAGCAGCAAUGGCUUCGCCAUCACGACCUCAAACGCACCAGGAGACGCAGACUGAACGGAAACAGGAGACUCUCCUGACACCAACUCCCUUGAGGAAGGCACAGGGUGACAGGCCAGCUGCCAUGCAACAACAGCCAGAGACAAUCGAGAUGCGGGAAAUCAAGUCUGGCCAGUCAAGGUGGUCAAAUGCAUCGGUGCUGUCCAAGGCGAGAGUAUCCAAAUCUCCACCUGGACAACAGCAACAGCCAAAGCUCUCGUCACAGGCAUCAAAGACUAACACGCCGUUGCACAGGUUCAGUUCUGUGUCGCCACCUGUGACUCAGUCGCCGUCUGCAUUGUCACCUCUGGUCCAGCAGCAGAGAGAGAGUGUGUCACCAAGAUGUUGUGAAGACUACCAAGCCGUUGCCCUCCAUGACCCUUGUGGUAGUAACAAUACUCAACACAGCAACCUUAACACUCAAGUGUCAUGGCCUCCCUGCCAUCAACAGGUACAUCAAGGGCUCCAGCAUUGUUCGUGUCCACUGUACGGUCCUGAGGUGCUGUUGCACGCUCCAUCACAUGCAUCAUCAUACCUGCACGGGUCCAACAGUGGCUACCAGCAAGGAGCUCUGUGCAUGGACCAGUACUGUACCGGACUAGCAUCCGGAAGCACUGAGCCCAACACUUUAGACUCAACCACAUCGGGCCACUCAAAUUCAGAUGGUCCACACAGCUGUCACACGUACCUCUUUGCGCCUGUGGAAAGCAACGGUGCAGAAGACGAGCUGCAGAGCUUCAGUGGAAAUGGCGGUACAGCACAAUGUACGGAACAGUGCCACACAGCUGUCGCACAACCACAGGAGAAGUUCACCAGUGACCAUCUUGCAACACCACCACCUUUUCCGCAUCCUCCUUUCAGUGGAUGUUGUGAGGGUCCAUCUUCAGCACAACAACAGAAUCUCGGACCGCAGGGACUGACAGAGCCAGGGUUUGUGUCUAGGUGACUUUUUGAUUGUGCCAGACUCUGCCUGCCCAUAUUUUGUUGCAUCUUCACAGAUUUAUCGUGUCUUCGUUCCUGCCAGCUCAAGAAGGAAAACAGUUGUCAGUGCUGUGCAGCUUCAAGAACAGUGGCUGCCAUGUGGUUACCAGACACACGUUGAUUGUUGUGUAGUUAUAAAUUUACUGUGACAUUGGUGGCUUUACAUACUGUGCCUUCUGUUGAACACCAUAAAAUAUACCCGACAAAGAGUUGCAAUGCAGUUUAAUUUUUGUUACAAUGACUUGCAUUUUUAUUCAGACAGCUUGAGAAAAUAGGUAUACAGUAAAACCCUGUUACUAUGAA